GCUACAUACCAUAGCCGAACUGUCCACCGCAACCGAACUGUCCACCGCCAUCGAACUGGAAGAAGGUAUCAGAUGUCAUUGCUGGGAAGACGUCGUGCCACCGCCACAACCCGGAAGCAAGCCCUGGAUAGAACAUGCCCGUCCUCCUGAAGGAGGCGCGGCAAGCUGGGAACAUAGCCAAGUACGGCUGAGGGACUGAGUGGAACGAGGCGACAUGAGCCACACGGAGCGGACGUCGGCGGUACUGGCGCACACGCCAAAUCUGCGCAACCGGUAGACGAAGGAGGUUGCCCUCCCUGACCUCAAAGCUCCCGAAACACAUGUGCUCGAAAGCAGUCCACGCUCACAACGGAACCGAAGACCGUAGUCUUCAGCAGAACAUGUGUGAUCCGGCAGAGCUGAGAAAAGCAGCGAUUUCUCCGGCGGAGUCUCCGGAGAAGUCUGCGCGCCCAAGUCUCUCAAAAUCUUUCCAUGUUUGCUACUUGAAGCCCGACGCCUUCGUUGGUGUAGGACCAUUCGGACGCUACUCAGACUCUGCCGCGAUGAGCUCGUUUCAGGCCGUACUGCAAAACGACUCUGCCUCACGGUCGCCGUUCGGAUGGGUGGCACACCCGACGAUCUUGAACGCGGCUCAGCCAUGGUUGUCUCCUUCGCAGCAGGAGCUCUUCGUGAACGCGCUCCUACCAGGCUGUGCAGGCUUGCUGCUGCUGCUCUAUGAUCUGCUGUCGUCAAUCAGGUUCCACAAGAGUAUCCGGACAGUCUUCCGGAGGCUCGCGUCGCCGUUCAGGGACUUCCUGACCCUCGAGGACCUGGAGGAGGAACCACACCGUGUUGAUGCUCCGGAGGCAUGGAAGGCCAGAGUCCUCGUGCUGGGAUCCGCGCUCGAGAGUGCGGUGUGGAUUUGCGUGCUCGUUUAUGGCGCGGUGGUGGAGGACAAGGGCUUGUCUGUGCAGGCAGCUGUGGCGGCGACGACCUGGCUAUAUAUCGUGCUGAGAGUGCUGUUCAAGCCGCCCGUCACUCCGCCGUACCUCCUGAUCGUGCUCUACCUUGUUCAUGCGACCAUCGCUCUGGUCGACCUGCUUCAGAGGUUCAUCGCCGACGAGCGCAACGCAGCCCUCACCACGCUUGUAUUGUUGCAAUUGGCAUGGCCGACCGCGUUGGCCUGGGUGGCAGGGUCGCUACCCCUCCGAUCAGUCCUCCCAGCACAGAAUGUCGCGAAACAUGCGGAUGUCCCGACAAGCGCAGCGACCAUGCCAGAGGAUAGCGUGACUCUGUGGUCGUGGUCAACCUUUUCGUUCGUCGAGCCGUUAUUCAAGGUCGCCACAGCCCGGACCCUCGAUGAGGCGGAUGUCUGGAGCUUGUCGCCCUAUUUCAAGCACAAUAACUUGUUCAAGAAAUACCUGAGGUAUCAGGAAGAGCAUCCAACCCAUUCCCUGCUGUGGUUCCUGCUUGCCUCCAACUCACUAGACCUGUCGCUGGACCUUCUACUAGAACUAUGGAGCGCUGUCUUUGGCUUCGUCCCUCCCUACGCAUUACAGGAGAUCCUCUCAGCUCUCGCGAACCCGUCCCCCGCGUCGACGCAGCGAGCGUACUUCUGGGCCAUCAUGACCUUCCUAGCGAACCUCUCUUUCGCUCAGGUCGACUUGUACCAGAAUUGGUACACGCGUCGCUGCUAUGAACGGACGCGAGGGCAGUUGUUCUGCGCUCUCCACUACAAAGCUUUGAGAAGACGGGAUGUAGGCGGAAAGACUAGCCAUAACGACAAGGAAGAUGACAAUGCCGAUCUCGGGAGGAUCGUCAACUUGAUGCAAGGUGAUGCGUAUGCGGUGGCGAAUCGUUUCUGGCAGUUCUCGGGAUUCUUCUUGGCCCCUAUACGGUUGACUAUUGCCCUCAUCUUUCUUUACCGGAUCUUGGGAUGGAGCUCGCUAGCUGCGGUCGUCGUGGUCGUAGUCGCUUACGUCCUGAACUAUCCUCUUGCCAAAUACAACGUCUACGUCACGCGUCAAUCCUGGACAGCCCGCGACAGCCGCAUGAACCUCGUAAACGAACUCUUCCAGAACAUCCGAUUUCUGAAAUACUAUGGCUGGGAACAUCGCUGGUCUGCUCGUGUCCGCGAAGCGCGAGAGACCGAGCUCAAAUGGCGCGUCAAAGACAACAUCGUCUCAGUCUUCAUCACCUUCAUCUGGACCUGGAUCCCAUCUGCGACGGCCGUCGCCUCAUUCCUGUGCUACACGCUCAUAGCCGGCGAGAGGCUCACCGUCGCGAAGGCGUUCACCUCCAUCGCGCUGUUCUCGUACAUACAAGAGCCGAUGACGCUGCUGCCGGAACAGUUUUUCGCCUUGCUGCAUGCGUACGUUAGCAUGCAGCGCAUUGAGAAGUUCCUCGCGGAGGCAGAGGUUCCCGAGUGGGCGUCAACCCUGAAGAUGGCUGCGAAUCCCGCGGCGUCUCUUCCGGAUGAGGUUGGUUUCGAGGAUGCGGUGUUUGAGUGGGACGUUGCUCCGCGGGACGUUCAGUCAAGAUUCCGACUGGGACCACUGAACGUCGAGUUUCCUAAAGAUAGGUUGACGUUGGUCAGUGGCGCGACAGGAUCAGGAAAGAGCGCGCUGCUUGCGGCCUUGCUAGGAGAGAUGCACUGCAUUUCCGGAAAGGUGAUCCUUAACAAGGCUGGACAUCAGGUGGCCUACUGCGCUCAAAACCCCUGGCUCGAGCAUGCUACUAUCCGAGACAACAUCAUCUUCGGUGCCGCAUAUGGGUACGACGAAAAACGCUACCGGACUGUCAUCGAAGCAUGUGCGUUGAACCGGGAUCUGGAAAUUUUCGAAGCUGCGACAUGA